UGUGGCGACCACCACUAGUUGUCAAACAGAAAAAUGGAUCUGUUGUCAAGAAGAAAUAUGUUGUUGCUCCGGUCUUUUCUCUUGAUUUUACCAUUAUUGGUAAUAAAAGCCAGUGGACAGGCGAAUACCAAUGUGAAUCCUGGCCAGGUUGGUGUCCAUAGGAGAUUCGAAUAUAAGUAUUCCUUCAAGCCUCCAUACUUGGCACAAAAAGAUGGAACAGUACCAUUCUGGGAAUAUGGUGGAAAUGCAAUUGCCAGCUCAGAAAUGGUCCGUGUGGCCCCCUCUUUGCGUUCACAGAAGGGUGCCAUCUGGACAAAGAAUCAAUUGAAUUUCGACUGGUGGGAAGUUGAAAUUGUGUUCCGGGUGAAUGGACGUGGUCGCAUUGGAGCCGAUGGUUUGGCCUUUUGGUAUACCACACAAAAGGGUGAUUACAAUGGUCCUGUAUUUGGUUCCUCGGAUCGUUGGAAUGGUCUGGGUAUUUUCUUCGAUUCCUUUGACAAUGACAAUAAACACAACAAUCCCUACAUUAUGGCUGUGUUGAAUGAUGGCACGAAGCAAUUCGAUCAUGCCAAUGAUGGUACCACACAACUGUUGUCCGGUUGCUUACGUGACUUCCGUAACAAACCCUUCCCUACACGUGCCCGCAUCGAAUACUAUAAUAAUGUCUUGACCGUACUCUUCCACAAUGGCAUGACAAACAAUAAUGACGAUUAUGAGAUGUGUUUGCGCGCCGAUGGUGUCCAGCUGCCCAAAAAUGGUUACUUUGGUUUAUCUGCAGCAACUGGUGGUUUGGCCGAUGAUCAUGAUGUUUAUCAUUUCUUGACGACGUCAUUGCAUCCAGCCGGUCAAAUUGUUGAAAACAAAGUGCCACAAGAUAAUGAAAAGCUCUCACAGGAAUACAAGGAAUAUCAGGAGAAAUUGGAAAAACAAAAGCAGGAGUACAAAAAGGACCAUCCUGAUGAGAAAGAAGAAGAAGAAUGGGAUGAAUUCUACGAAUCGGAAAAUCAACGUGAAUUACGACAAAUUUGGCAAGGCCAGAGUCAAAUCUUUGAACACAUCCGUGAAUUGUCGAGAAAAAUGGAUGAAGUUAUUGGUCGGCAAGAGAAUACCUUAUCGUUGGUAUCUCGAGGAUUGGGUGCCGCCGCUGGUGGUGUCGUACAACAGCCACCUGCAGCUGGUGGUGCUGCUCAACAACCUCCUAUGGUUGGUGUUGGUGGUAGCAUUUCACGUGCCGAAAUCGAUCUGAUGGUUGCCAAUCAAAAUAAUCUUUUGGCCACAGCACGUGAACUUCGUUCGUUGAUUGGUGAUAUUCAUGCCAGAACCGAUUCAAUUCUUCAACAGCAACAACGAGCUCCCAGCGGACAGGUGCAAUCGGCCGGCUAUGAUGUCCAGGCGAUUAUCAAUGAAAUGCGCGAUGGCAUGAAUCAGGUGAAACAGGGCAUAACACACGUGGGACAAAAAUUGGGUGCCUCACCACAGGCUCAAACAGCUUGCCCCACCGGCAACUGUGUAGGUGUUACAUUGUUCCUUAGUGUUACGGCUGUACAGCUACUUUUAGUCUUCCUUUAUACUAUUUUCAAGAGCAGAAGUGAAGCCCAAGCUAAAAAAUUCUAUUAGGACUAUAAAAUAAAUGUUGCUAAGAAAAAGGACGUAGACGAAGAAGAAGAAUGAAUUAAACAAUAUGUUAUAUUAAUGAUUAAAUAGGCAAGACAGGCAGACAGACAACCAACCAAGCAGUUGGCUAAUCGUUAAUAUGUAAUAUUGCUUUUCAAGAUGAUGAUUGUUUUCCAUUGGCGUUUCUCUACAAAACUUUUGUCUUCGUUUUUUGUUUUUUUUUAUUUCGUAUAACUGAAACAUUGCUCAGAGGGAAAAGAGGGAAAACAAAAUACCAAAUAUUCAUAUCAUUCUGUUGGUUUUGUUUUCUGGUUUCUUUUUCGUACGUAUACCAAUCGACCACAAAAUAGACUGAUUAGUCUCUACAAGUUUUGUAAAAAAAAAAUGAAAAGAAAAUAGCUGUCAAAACACAUUUGCCAACAAGACAUUUGUAAAACAAAAAACAA